CUUUCUGUUGUAGAAACUGUGUUGGUGUGUGAGAGAUAAAAGCCAUAGAAGAGAGAGAAAGUCAGAUAAGGGUCAUCCUUAAAUUGUUUAACGAAAUGGAAUUCUUUGAGAAAUAGUUAUUAGAAGUCUUCCACUCCCUUUGGGUUUCAAACUCUUCUUGUUAUCGUUUCUGGGUUUCUCAUUUUCUUUUGAGAAAUCUCGCAUUUUUCGGUGAUAUCUCCUUUUGUUUCUUCAGUCCCAGAUACGGUUUCGGAUUUUACGGUGAUUUUGCAGUUUGAUUUUAUGCUGACACUUUCACAAAGUCCAAUCUUUAUAUGGGUGAUGAGAUGAGCAAAAGGGUCUUUUUUUUCCCUUUAAUAUUCAUUUUCUUGAAUUUUACUAAAUAGGAUUUUUUCCCCCCCCAUAAUUGGGUUCUCUGUUUGUUUACGACUCUUAAACUGAAGUGUUCUUGUGGGUUAUUGGGAGGUGGGUGUUUGAUAAUUUUCCUCAAUCAAGACUGGUCUUUGAGUCUGAGUUGUACGGCUGUCGACAUGGUGGCAUGUUUCUUGAACUUAAAUUUAGAAUUUUGUACUGAUAAAAAUUCUUUGACUCUUCAAAUUUUGGUACAAUAACUCUUUGAAGGGACUAUUGGUCGAUCACUUGCUUCUAUUUUAGCAUUCUGUAUCUGGAGUUCCUAGAGUUGGAAACACUUGCUGAUAGAUAUUCCUUCGUGGGCUUGGAGCCUUGGAUUGAAUUGAUUUGAAAUUUAUUGAUAUUAAUUGAGCUCGGAUUCUUGACAACUCCAAUUUCUUGAUUCUAUUAUCUCCAAAUAUAUAAACACUGUUCUUGUGCUGUCUGGAGAGGAAAAAGAGGAAAAAUGGCGCUUUCCUUCACUAGAUUUUCAUGGUUGUGGUUGGGUGGGAAAGAUAAAGAGCAAGUCUCAAAUGGAUCAUUGAUAAACUCCAUAAAUCCUUUCGGUGAAUGGGGCUUAGGAUUGAGAGGAGAGGCUGAAAAUCUGAAGUUUUACUCAAUGAAAGGGGGUGAUAGAAGGGUGCCCUCGUCGAGCUCGAGUAGGAAAGCAAAGAGGAAAUGGAAGAGUAGGGAAGAGAGGAGCAGGAGGAUUGACAAAGAGUAUGAUAUUGUAUUGGUGCCAUCGGACGGUGUUUGUUUAUCAGGAUCAGAAUCUGAUGACUCGGACUGGUCCAUCGGGUGGGUGGAGAAUCAUGCCCCUGGUUUCCUGGGUGAUGAUGAGGUUGAUGAUAGUUUUGCUGUGUUGGUGCCUUGCUAUAGGCAUAACUUCCAAGAAGUAGAGGAGAAGGGCGAGGAGCCUAGUAUUCAGUUCUUGAGUGCUGUUAAGAAACUUCCAAAUGAUUAUUCUGCUGGGGGUAGGGAGUACAUGGAGCGUUGGCUUUCCUCACUCCACAAUUUUUGAAGCUGCUGCAAUGCUUGGCUGUGCUGAUUACUACUACAUUUUGUUGUCAUUUUAGAACCAUCAACUUCUACAGAGUAUAUGUCCUAAGUUGAAGAAGUUGCUGGAAAUCUGAGGAGACGGUGUUCUUCAGGUUAUCAGUGUUAGGCUUAUGUCGACCGUGGCUGGAGGAAACUCUCGACAUAUUUUGCUGCUUUGGUUAGUGUAAAUACCACCAUCGAGACUAUGUUUGAAAUGUUUAAGACUUUGAACUCUCUGGAUGUAAAUAAAUUGUCGCUCGUCUGAUGGAUCUAAGCUGCUAAUGCUCACUGUACAUAUCGGUUUCACUUGCUGAAUUUUCACUCUUUUGGAAGACGUUCUGCUGUUCUUUCAGUGACUAUCUUUUGAAUAAUGCAAGAUGCAAAACUACUUCGUGUUUGGGAUUA